CUUGGGCGAACUACACCUACGUAAUACGACCGGGUGAAGUGUGUGUAUGUGUGUUGCGUUGCUGUGGAUUGUUGAUUUGUUGAUGGUUGUUCGUUUUUACGCACGCACGCUGGCCGGCUCAUUGUCAGAAAUAAAAAGCCGAUAAAACAAUAACAAAAUAAACAUGGCUGAAGUGAAACGAUACGAAAAGGACGAGUUGGUGGAUUCGCCGGCAAAAAAAAUAAAAUUGGAUGUUGAAAUUAAAGACGCCCAAGAGAAAUCGAUUGACGUAAUAGAAAAUUGGCAAAAUUUUGAGGUCAAACGUGUACUCAACAACAACAUUGUGCGUAAACAAGUAUGGCUUGAAGGAUCAUUCAAAGGCCACGAAAAUACAGCAAUUGUUUUAUUGGAGAAAAAAACUUUCCCCGAUGAAUCCGAAAAUUUGAAAAACUUUUUCGACGACGAAACACUGUUGAAGCAUCUCUUUGACAAUGAUGCUUACGGAUCUUACGAAUGCUUUCCCAUAAGAGAACACAACGGUUUGAAUACAACUGUGAUAUAUCCUGCGACGCAGAAACAUUUGGAAAAAUUUUCUAAGAAGGAGAUCAACAUUGUAACAGAAACUCCUGAAUUGUACAAAAAAGUGACCAUACCCAAAGUCAUUGGACAACAAUUGUCGCUUCAGUGGGUAGAAAAUAUUUUGAAUCACAAAUCAGAAGCAGACAGAAUUAUUUAUGAGGACACUGAUUCGAACAACGGAUUUGUUUUGAUCCCUGAUUUGAAGUGGGAUGGCAACCUCAAUACUCUAAACGUGUUGGCCAUUUCGAGGAAGAAAAUCAAUUCAAUAAGAGAUUUGAAUGCGAGUCACUUGACGCUAUUGAAAAAUAUAAGGGACAAAGGGACAGAAGCUAUCGUCAAGAAAUACGAUAUCAGCUCAUCGAAGCUGAGGAUAUAUUUUCAUUAUUUGCCGUCUUAUUAUCAUCUUCAUGUGCACUUCACACAAUUAUCGGUGGAGGAUGCUGGCAUUUAUGCGGAGAAAGCUCAUCUCCUCUCGACUGUGAUAAGCAAUAUAGAAUUAUUGCCAGAUUAUUAUCAGAAGGUUACUCUUCAAUUCGCCGUUUUUAAUCCUGAUUUAGUCGAAGAUUACAAACAAGCAGUCGAACCUAACGAAAAAACGAACGAGCCUGAGGAAGAGUGUUGAACGAAAUCAAUUACGGAAAAUUUUAUUUUCAUACGACGAAAUAACUAGUUAUGCGAAAUAUUUCAAAGGCCACGAAUUUGACGUCUAGUAAAAUAAAAUACGUUUACACGAAACUUUGCAUAACUCAACGAAUUGUAAAUUCAAAAAUAUGUCCGUCCUGUAAUUCAGCGUUAGAAUUUUGACCGAAAUUUCAAUGUGCUUUAUUGUUUACCGAAUCUCUGAGUGAGUGCACGUCUUCAACUAGGAGCAAACUCAACAAUUAUUAUGGAAAACCAUUUUUACACUUUGCUGUCACAUUCGAAAGUAUCAAUUUUUUAUGGCCGAUUUUGGUGUGAAGUGUGUUAAUAAUAAUUCGACCCAUGUAAGAGUAAGAAAUUACCUUUUCAAACAGCGUCUCGGAAAGUUUUUUUUCCAAGUGGAUCAAUAAAAUUCAUAACCCAUUGAAAAUGA